UGCCAACGGUCGCUGGAGAUCAUCUGUACUUUCUCCCGAUUCUGAUAUUGAAAUUUAUUUACAGAUGAUCUCCAGUUGCAUGUGGUAGCUUGGAGUUGGUUCAUUUACUUUGGAAAUCUCUCUCUGUUCUCUGAGCCUGAGACCAGCUAAAAAUUUAGAUAACAUUCUUCUUCUUCAACCCCCAGGAACAAGAUGACCACCUCGACUUGUCCAAAAUUUACAAUUUUCACGGUUGCCGCACUUAUCUUCCAAAUCAUUGGUCUCUCCCUCUUCGUUUUCGGCUUCUUCCCCGUCAAACCUGCUCUCUCCGGCGUCAGUGGUCGGGAGAGCUUUUUCGCCCCGGGUUGCAAUUCUGUCGAGAAUCGGACUCAGACAGAGAUGGGUUUGUCUCCCAAUGAACUUAAAUCGCUAUAUCAGGAUCUCUCUGGGAUUCCUCCCUUAUUUGAUCGGCUAAUUUUGAUGGUUAUUGAUGGUCUUCCAGCAGAAUUCGUGCUUGGCAAGGAUGGCCAGCCUCCUCGCAAGGAUUUGAUGGAUGCCAUGCCUUACACUCAGUCACUACUAUCUAGUGGAAUGGCAAUUGGGUACCAUGCAAAGGCUGCGCCUCCAACUGUUACAAUGCCUCGCUUGAAGGCUAUGGUUUCUGGGGCAAUUGGGGGAUUCUUGGAUGUGGCUUUCAAUUUUAAUACACAGGCUCUGUUGGAUGACAACCUUCUUGGUCAGUUUCUAAGAAUUGGUUGGAAAAUGGUGAUGCUUGGUGAUGAAACAUGGCUUAAGUUGUUUCCAGGAUUAUUUGUGAGACAUGAUGGAGUUAGCAGUUUUUUUGUUAAAGACACAGUACAAGUAGAUCAAAAUGUUACUCGGCAUUUGGGGAAUGAGCUUAGCAGGGAUGACUGGAAUCUUCUGGUUCUCCAUUAUCUAGGCUUGGAUCACGUUGGCCAUAUUGGUGGGCGCAGCAGUUCCUUAAUGGGUCCAAAACUUCUGGAGAUGGAUGAAGUGGUGAAGAUGAUUCAUUUAAGUACUAUCCAGGCUCAUGAUCAUGAUCAAGGGCGGACACUUCUGGUGGUAGUAAGUGAUCAUGGUAUGACUGAAAGUGGUAAUCAUGGGGGUUCUUCAUAUGAAGAAACUGACUCUUUAGCUCUUUUUAUUGGCCUGAAAAAUCAGGUCUCUCAUUAUUUAUCACCUACUCAUAAUUCUGUUCUCCAGGUUGACAUUGCUCCAACGCUAGCUCUUCUAUACGGUGUGCCAAUUCCUAAAAACAAUGUUGGUGUUGUGAUAUCAGGAACUUUUGAUUCUUCGACAGAUGACCAACAGCUGAGGGCACUGGAGUUGAAUUCCUGGCAGUUAUACCGAUUAGUGGAAGCACAAUUAUCUGGUCUUUCAUGUGGAGAUUUUGCCUGCAGAGGCUUCUUCGGUGACCUGGCUUCGGGAAGCGGGGAAUGUAGUGGCAGUAUAGAGGAGACACUUUGUUGCUUAUUUAUGAAUGCUGCAAAUCUUCAUAAUUCCUGGAAGUAUAAGAAAGAAAAAGGGUCUGAAAGCAGGGACGAUUACAGAAGCACCAUUGCAGCGUAUCAUGAGUUUCUGAAAACUGCAAGUGAGUGGUUAUCACGCAGAGUCACUGAUAAACCUGUUUCUUUACAUGCUUCUGGGGUUGUGGCAAUGGCCGUAUCAUGUUUGAUAUUUUUAGGCCUCAUAACUUGCAUUAGCAGAGAAGUUUACACGGGGGAGAAGCAACACCUUUCUAAUUCAAGUAACAGCAAAAUGACAUGGUGUUUAGAAGAGGGCUUUAUUUUGGGAGUUGUUUUGAUCCUCGUUAUGAGUAUGGGUUCGAGUUCUAUGAUAGAGGAAGAGCAAUAUAUUUGGAAUUUUGUUAUAUGUACAUUGUAUCUGUUGCUACUCCGAAAAGCAGUACAGUCUCCUAGUGGGAGAAGUGGAAGUGCAUUACUUUUGAAGGCACAGAAUAGGAGGAGUGAUGUUCAAGUGUGUGCCAUCCUUUUGCUUCUUAUAUCUGCACGAAUUUUAAGGGGUUGGCAUCAGGGUGGUGUAAAUUGGACUCAUCUUCCAGACAUUUCAAAGUGGCUUGAACAGGGUGGGAGUAACACCAUAAGAUUAGUUCAACUAACCUCGGGCCUGCUAAUGAUGAGUUUAGGCUUAUUUGCUUUAUUUUUGUUUGUUUCUAAGACAAAGCUUGUUCAAGUGGUGGGAUUUUUCUUUUUGAUAUCUGGAUUUCUGGUUUUAUGGCAUAUUAUGGAGUACCAAGACAAUGCACUUGUGUCAUCCAACUACCGCGCUACACUGUUGGCACAGAUAAUCUAUGCGACUCUGGGUAUUGGUACAGUGGGCACUGUCAUAGCCUUACCAUGGCUGAUGCCCAUUCAGAUAUCCAGUGCGUGUUCUAAGCAUAAAACCAACUCAUCAACUUCAGUUUCUUUCGACAUUCAAUACAAGUUUCCAUUGGUCGAACUUAGAGAUUCUUCAUAUUUAAUUGGGUUGGUAUACAUGUUAUGUUGGUGUCUUCUGCAACUGUUGCUCCAACAGCCAAUCAAUUCAAUGCCUAUCUUUUUGCUUCUCAUGCAAAUCUUGACCAACAUGCUUUACUGCUCCUACAAUAGGCCACAGAAUAAGGAAUGGCUUGAGGUUGCUUUGUUGUAUUAUAUGGGAAUGGCAGGACAUUUUGCUCUCGGGAACAGCAAUACAUUAGCCACCAUUGAUGUUGCUGGAGCUUUUAUUGGCCUCUCAAGUCACUCGACAUUACUUUCUGGUAUUUUGAUGUUUAUCAUCACCUAUGCGUCCCCCAUGCUAGUUCUUCUUAGCAUGGUGAUGUACAUCUCUGUGAAGGAUACGAGCUAUCUGGCAACUUCACAAAAUGUAGAUUUAGGGCAUUUUAUGAAAAUGAUGCUCGCCUUUCCUUGCCUAGUUCCACUGGGCUUGAAUUCCAUUCUGUUGACUGCAUACACCAUUGUUUUGCUGUUAAUGAGGAACCAUUUAUUUGUUUGGAGUGUCUUCUCUCCCAAGUACUUGUAUGUGUGUGCAACAACUGUUUGCAUCUACAUAGGGGUCUUUGUGGUAGCUGCAACUGAGAUUUAUACAUAUAUGGUGCUAGCCUUUCGGAGAAAGCUUCAGGUUUCAAUCGGCAAUGGCGUUCUAUAGCUUCUCCUGCCAAGAAACCCAGUUUUGAUAUUUGCUUAACCAAUCAUCAGUGAUCAGUUUUUCUUUCUUUUUC